GCCAUAUUGGGAGGCUAUGGGUGAAGAGGGGCCGAGACAGUCGCUGCCGCCUCCGACUCGCCUCAGCCCUGGCUGCGGGAAGAGGAGCGGGAGGCGCCGACGCGCCCCGGCAGGAGAGCCGAGCUGCGGGGAGGGACGGGCGGGACACCGAGAGGGCGCCGCCAUGUCUCAGGCUGUGCAGACAAAUGGAACACAGCCUUUAAGCAAAACAUGGGAGCUCAGCUUGUAUGAACUUCAAAGAACUCCUCAGGAGGCAAUAACAGAUGGCCUGGAGAUAGUGGUGUCACCCCGAAGUCUCCACAGUGAGCUGAUGUGUCCCAUUUGUUUGGAUAUGCUGAAAAACACGAUGACGACUAAGGAAUGUCUACAUCGUUUUUGUGCGGAUUGUAUCAUCACAGCCCUUAGAAGUGGAAACAAAGAAUGCCCUACAUGUCGUAAAAAGCUUGUUUCUAAAAGAUCUCUGAGACCAGACCCAAACUUUGAUGCCCUCAUCAGUAAAAUUUAUCCAAGUCGUGAUGAAUAUGAGGCUCAUCAAGAGAGAGUUCUAGCAAGGAUCAACAAGCACAAUAAUCAACAAGCUCUAAGUCAUAGCAUUGAGGAAGGUCUGAAAAUCCAGGCUUUGAACAGGUUACAAAGAGGCAAGAAGCAACAGAUAGAGAAUGGCAGUGGAGCAGAGGACAAUGGUGAUAGCUCACACUGUAGUAAUGCUUCAACUCACAGUAAUCAAGAAGCUGGGCCAAGUAACAAACGGACCAAAACAUCUGACGAUUCUGGUCUAGAGCUGGACAAUAACAAUACAACAGUUACUAUAGACCCAGUAUUGGAUGGCGCAAGUGAAAUAGAACUUGUUUUCAGACCCCAUCCUACGCUAAUGGAAAAUGAUGAUAGUGCACAGACAAGGUACAUAAAGACUUCUGGCAAUGCCACAGUUGAUCACUUGUCCAAGUACCUAGCUGUGAGACUGGCCUUGGAAGAACUCCGGAGCAAAGGAGAAUCAAAUCAGAUGAAUCUGGAGACAGCCAGUGAGAAGCAAUACACAAUUUAUAUUGCUACAGCAAAUGGCCAGUUCACUGUGCUAAAUGGUUCCUUUUCCUUGGAGUUGGUCAGUGAAAAGUACUGGAAAGUGAAUAAGCCCAUGGAGCUCUACUAUGCACCAACAAAGGAGCACAAAUAAGCCUGAUGGGCUUUAAGCUGGAACUGUAAUUGUUUUUAUAGUUCUCAUUUAUUUUAAAGAAGUGACGCACCAUCCUCUGCACCAUGGACAAUUGCUGAGAGACUCUGGUCGAUGAAUAUUCAUGUUAAUUAUUAGACAGUAUUUUGUGUGAUAUUUUAACUUAUAUAUUUUUUCCUUUUGGAGAUUGAUCUGUACAUUCCAUUGUUGCUGUCAAAUGUGCUUUUUGAUUUGGUGGCUCUUGUUCCAUGUGCAUGAUGUUAGAAGCAGCAAAGGUCUUUUUGCAAGCAUGCCUUCAUGCUGGUGCAUUCCACGUUGGCAAACGUACUAGCACCUCAGUGAGUGCUGACAAGCAGAGGUACUUUAGUUUUCAGCAAUGUUUGAACACAUAUGGUUAGAGUCAGUUUCUUAGUUACUGACCACUACUGAUGCUGAGGAAAAUGCUGAUGCUGGAAGCUGGAAGGUUUGUUCAUAGCAGUAACUAAACUAUGCAUUGCAAUGAGUCCUUCUGCACUGUAAAUAUGAAAAACUGAUUUCUGUGUAACAGCAGCCAGAGUCCUGUUGGAGACAUUACAGAAGGAAGUAUUCAACACCUAUUACAUCAUGCUGUCCUCUGCUCCCUCCCUGGUUGGUAGGCAGUUUCUUAACACUGGAAUGUACGUCCAUUUAUUUUGGGUGGGCAAGGGGCCAUCGGGUUGCUAUUCCACAGCUGGGAAAAGAGAACAGAUGUCACUCUCUUAUUUUCAGAGUACAUUAGAGUACUUGAUGGUGAUCUGAGAGGAUGAUAGCAGUUCUUUCCCUGGCUAUCGACCUGCAGCUGGAUAUUGUUUGGGUGCCUCCUGGCCUUGAGGGUGAACUCUUGUACAGGGAAGUGCCCAGUAAGGAGGGAAAACACAAGUGCUGAUACAUCUUGAAAACAAGUCAUCCUUGCUGCCCGCUAGUUAUUUGAGCAUCAUGUAGCUCAUUUAAAUGAAGGCAAGUCAGUUUCCUUUGAAAAUCUGUCAUUUUGGAUGUGUACCAUGUUAGAUCAAAAAGGUACCCAAAACAUCUCGGUAAAGUAUUCCCACUAUAUCCUUUGCACAGUUAAAACAUUAAUGAAUGGAGAAUUUGCCUCAAAUUACUCUUAAUAUUUCUUAGCCAUAUUAACAAUAUUUAUCACUUACGAGUUUAACGAAUACAGUGUUUUUAGCUGAUUUUUCGUUUUGACUGACUGUGUUGAAACUCUGCACACAGCCAUUGGUGGUUAUGUACUUAAAUAAGGCAGAUUGGAUUUGAUAAAUCAGUUUUACCACUGUAAGCAUAUCUGCUACCUUUUACAUACGGAAGGUAGGGGAGGCUGCCUUUCAUCCUACUUUUUAUUUCCAGAAUUCAGUAUAUGGAUCAGUACCAUUUGGUACUGGGAAACACAGCACAAAAGGCAGAAGGCUGGAUGAUACUGCUCAAAGCUCAGUAUUUUUCCCUUUCUCCUUAUUAGCAUAAAGGAUCUAGAAACUAUGCACCAAUCUGUCAUGCUUUUCCUUAAACAUUCCAUUGUGAUAUUUUGGAUGAAGCAUAUGGCUUUCUACUUUGUAAUUUUUUUAGUCCUGUAGAACAAGGAAAAACUGUAAUACUGCCUUCUUGAAAAUGUUUUAAUAUCAGAAAAUCCAAAUUAUGCUUACAGUUUGUGCCAUGAAUCUCCACAAUUAUUACAAGUCUGGUGGCGGGAAGGAAAGAUGUACCAACACGAUUUGGUUUUGUUGAGUACUUUUGGUGUAAUGUACAGUUUAUAUAGCUUGCUAGUGCAUGUCCUCUGAAUAUAAUCAGGCUUCUUUUUAUGUGAAAAUGCUUUUUUAUGGGCAAAUACCAAUUGCAGCAGAACAUGAUCUGCAUUGUGAUUUACUGACAAUAACAUUUAGCGCUGUUAUCGGAUAAAAAUGUCUGCAAAAUUUUGAAAGCUUAUCUACCUAGAGGGUGUAGUUCCCAACUUAGUGUGGGAUAAUGUGAAUUUUUACUUCCAUGUUUUAGUAACUUCACUAAAUAUUUAUAUUUGCUUUACUACAUAAAGUAGCUGUUUCAACCAAGUAAUUGCAGUGAGUUUUUAGUAAUAUGACUGAUUACAGAUUUAAGAACAAGUUACAGGUACAUUUUAUAUUUCCUUGUUGCUGUUCAGACAAGAACAUUUUGUAAUGGCGGUGAUCCUCAACUCCUUGCACUCCUCACCGUUAGCUACACUGACUAUUGGGAUAUGCAGUCCAACAACAUCUGGAAGGCUCACGAUUUCCAGCUCUGAACUGGAAAAGUGUCAUUUUGCAAUUAUAUUGUGUUGAUCUCCCUUGGGUAAUUAUCAUUGCACUCUUAUUGCCAUCACUUUAAUGUGUAAGUAGUCUGGGAAGCUCCUUUCCCACUCCCAGUUGCCUUCUAGUGACUUCCAUUAGCCAUGAAAGUUAAAAAUUCCAUAUCUCUGCAAUAGCCUAUGGACACAGAUUUCUGCACAUUCAUGUAAACAGUAGGAGGCUCCAGUAGGUCUUAGAAGGGGCAAGGUCUUACCUUCCUAAUAUUUGACAAACACUGAUAGGGUACUUGAAAUUAAUGUUGUCCUUAAAAUUCACUCUUCCAAACUGAAAUGGUCACUGCUUCUCCCUGAUUUAAAAAAGGAACCUAGAGGAUCUGCAUACUAUGUUCUACUACUAAUACUGAGUGUAUGUACAAUUAAUCUGUCUUUAGAUGCUGCACAGCUGGUUCCCUCAAUUAGUCUUUGCCUUCUACUGCCUAUUCAAGUGGCAGUGAAAGCAGUGGAAACAGGUGACCUUGGUGCCAUAUACCUGUGCUCAUAUCAUUCAGAAACACCCUCAUUUGCUGAUACUACUAUGAUAAAAGAGCAACGUCUAUUGCUGAAAAGAACUGGAGCGUUAAAUAUAAAAAUGGAAAGUCCAGGUUUCAGUGUUCACACUAACUACAACUGCCCUUUUAAGAAUAUAACAUACAUUUAGGCUUGAAUUCGUAUCUGCAUACUAAAUUUAAGAUUCUGAAAGUUCUAAAGUAGAGGUUUUGACCACAUCUUAAUUGCAGUAAAUCUAGUAUUGGCAAAAGAGAACACUACAGCGGGGAUGUGUGUAUAUGCGCGCACACACCGUGCUCAACUUCCCAUGGUUUUAUUUUCUGAAGCAGUAUUCUACCAUCUGAAUAAUAGCUCCUAAAGGGAAGAAAUUCAACUUGGUUGAAAAAUUUAUUAACUUAAAAUGCAAGCAUCAAAAGAACAAUGUGAAAGCACAUCGCUGUUCUUCAAUGUUUUUCUUUUCUAACAGUGUUCUUAAGUAUUCAAAAUAGUUGAGCAUUCACAUGUAAAGUUCAAAGAUAGAAUAACAGUCAAAACUCUCAAAACAAAUUUUGCCCUAAAGAGGAUUAUAUGCUUUCCUCUGCAAAGUCACCUUCUGCUACUGGCUGGGAAUCCUCAGAAGACUGUAGAGGGCCUUCGGUUUGCCCUCCUGUGUAUGUAGGAGUACUGUACUUCACUAGGAUAGAUUUAAACUGUGUCAGGGGGGCAUUGGUACGCACACCCAUUGGGUCAAAAUGAGUUCGACUUACACGGUAGCCAGCUUGAGAGAGAUAAUUCAAGAACUUAUUUAACCUGGGGAGAAAAUUAAAAAACAAAAUAAAUACAUUUUCUACCAUUCUACCAGCCAACCAUAAUUAUGCGUUAUAAUAUGACUUCUUACUUUGGCAUGUUCAUUCCUUUAAUGCUGUGUCUGUGGAUAUUAUAAUAAAAGGCAGGAUGUUCAGCA